GGUUUGUGUGUUCAUUUCGAGUGUUCGGCAAAGAAAGUGGAGGUCAGCAUUUCAGAGUGCAGUUCACGGCGAGAACGACAGCACAUGGUCGUCGAUAGUUUUGUUUUGUUUUCAAAUCACAUGGCAUGGCAGUGACAUAAAUAUUCGCCAAGCUGGGCUAGGAAACUGUAGUUUCAAAUUGGCAGCAAUGGGAGAAUGUGAUUAUUGUCACGGUUGGAUGCACAUGGCGGCUAUUUGUGCACAAUUUUUUGAACAUGAAAAAAGUUUAUUCUAUUUUUAAGAAAAAAAAGUAAAUUUAAAAAACUAAAAAGUUAAUCCAACGACACGAUUUGUGAUGAGAAACAAUUGAAAGUUGAUCCAUACAUUAUGUCAGCGGAAAAUUUAACCACAAGUCAUCAAGUGUGAUUGACAAAUUAUACGUUGUGUUUCACUGUUGAAAUGAUUGAAAUUUGCAGUGACAUAUCUGGGAAAAGGUGGUUGAUAAACUUUGUACAAAGGAACUUUGAAUAAAAUGCCUUGGGAAAUACUCAAAAAGAGAGUUUUGGUAACUUUUAAAUGAAAAUAACGAAACAAGUACUCUCUUCAAUUCAAAUUCGCGUGUUAAGGCAAGAGCGUGGAAUUGAUGGAAUUACACUUUUACGUUUCUACAAACAUCGUUUUAUCUAGCGAGUAAAUCAUGGACAGAGAUCUAAGUACACAAUUUUGUAGUUAACAUAAUAAGUGGGAGCGUUAUCUUUUAAGUUACCCAGUAGAAGAAAGUGAAAAGGCAACUGUGAAGCCAUUAGUUUGCUAAUUUUCAGUGUAUCAUUCUGUCUCGAACGCUUUAAAGGUCGAUCGUCAUCAAUAAAUAAACACUUCUUUCUCUUUCUAAUAGCGACACUAUCGAUUCUAACUUUGACAACUUGAGAAAUUGCAGUGUGUGUUAAAAUUUUCGAAAAAGACGAUAGCUUUUUUUCAGCUCUUUAAAUCUUGAAGUAUAAACGAAGAAAAAAAACCCAUAAUAACUGAUAACUGUCCAUAGUUUGGGCCUUCACGGUAGAAAUUGCUUUGAAAGAGCACUUCACUUGACUGUGUGAACUCUACAUGUGCCGAUCGAGAAGAUUUGUUUGUGUAGUUCCAGUGAGAGUUUUUUAUUAGUAAAGUACCAACAUGUGUCGUGUACGUGAUAUUUUGGAUUCUAUUAGUUGAUGAGAGCAAUAAGAUGUAAUUAUUGAGUGUUGGUGACAAAUCAUUCUACGAAACUGGGGCAUUUAGAUACAUUUGUAAGGGUCGAAGAGAUAGAAGUUAAAUGGUGAGUGAAAAAAAAAUUCUGUUUAAAUAACAAUAACAGACACACAUAGAUUCAACGAAGGUGUUUAUGGAAGUAUCCAAUAUUUUCAUAUAAUUCAUCAAAAAGGUACGAGUGUGGGAAAAAAUUCAAUGGCGAAGCUGUCAACAGUCCAGGUCUGCAUUCCUUUGAUGGAACAAAGCACCAUUUCCACACAAUCUACUGUGCUAACCUUCGACAGUCUCAGCUAUGAGGUGCCCCAAAACAAAACCGCCAAAAGGUUGCUGAACCAAAUAUCCGGUUGCUUCAUAUCCGGUCGGCUCACCGCCAUUCUGGGGCCAUCCGGGGCAGGAAAAACUUCUCUGCUGAAUGUCCUAAGCGGCUUCCGGAUUGCAGGAGUCAGCGGACAAAUACUGAUCAACAAUAAGGAGAUCGCUCGUCAUCACUAUCGGCAGCUAGUGGCUUACAACGAGCAAAAUGUGGAUCUGUUACCGAACAUCAGCGUUAGAGAAACCUUGCUCUAUGCCACAGAUCUCAAACUCCCACGAAAGAUACCGGGGGGUGAAAACCAAAAACUGGUUGAUGAGAUCAUUAGCCUUUUGGGCCUGGAAAAAUGUUCGCAGAAUCAAGCGAGAGUGCUUUCCGGCGGGGAACGGAAGAGACUUGCGAUAGGGCAGGAGCUGGUAUCCAAUCCCCGUAUAAUGUUCUUCGAUGAACCGACCAGUGGCCUGGAUAGCGAAUCUUCGUUUCAGGUGAUUUCUUAUUUGAAUGAGUUGUCUCAGCAGGGACGCUGUGUGAUAAGCGUCAUUCAUCAACCAAGUUCGGAUCUGCUGGAGCUUUUCGACGAUAUCUUUGUGGUUGCUGAUGGACGAUGUCUGUAUCGAGGAUCGCUGGACGAUAUGAUACCAACAUUUGCCAAAGAGGGUCUCGUUUGUCCCCAGUAUUAUAAUCGAGCCGAUUUUGCUAUAAAAGUGGCCUCAAGAAAAAACAUAGACCCAGGAAAAGUCGAAAAUCUCUUUAACCGGAUGAACAAAUUUGAGAGAAGAAUUAAAAGUGAUCUCACUCAUCAUGAGCCAUCAAAACUGCUGGAGCAGGAUCUUUCGACCGGUUCCCAGUAUCCCACUUCUCAGUGGCACCAGUUCGUGGUCCUUACGAGACGUACCAUGCUAGGAACAAUUCGCAAUUUUAUGCUCACCGUGCUAAGGAUCUUUGCACACAUCCUGUUCGCCAUCGUGGUAGGAAUUGUUUAUUACGACAUUGGAAACGAUGGAGCCAAAGUGAUCUCCAACAUCGCACUGGUGAUGCUCUCGCUUUUAUUCAUCGUUUUCACCAACUCGAUGGCGGUUGUCUUAACUUAUCCCCUCGAGAUGGCCGUCUUCAUACGGGAAUACAAAAGCAACUGCUACUCUACGGCGGCCUAUUUCUUUUCGAAAAUCGUGGCCGAUUUUCCGAUGUUGAUCAUCGGUUUAACAGCAUUCCAGUUGAUAGCCAACUACUUAACCGGGCAAUCGGAUGAACCCAUCCGGAUGCUAACUCUGUGGACCAUGUGCUUUCUGGUAGGGUGGUUUGCUCAGGUUUACGGGAUGCUCGGGGGAAGCUUUUUCCCCAUCGAGGUUAGCCCCUUCAUCAUUCCGGUUACGUUGGUUCCGACGGUGCUUUUCUGUGGGUUCUUCAUCCGGUACGAUGAGCUGCCGGCGGCUUUUCGUCCAUUGACUUUCAUUUCGCCGUUACGAUUUGCCUUUGAAGGGAUCGCCAUGUCGUACUACGGGUUCGAUCGGAAGGAUUUGGAUUGUAGCGAAAUUUUCUGCUAUUAUCGGAAACCACAGAAAAUUUUGGAAAUGUUGGAUAUGGAAGAGAGCAACUAUUGGGUUGAUUUGGGUGGGUUAAUUGGUUGUAUAUUUGUAUUGCACGUUGCUUUAUUUGCUAGUUUACGUUGGAAAGUAAGAUAAAUUCGCGCAAUUUAAUUAAAUUUAUGUGAAUGGUUAACAUGGAUGCAAAAUGUGAUAAAAUAGACAGUAAGAACAAAGAACAAAUUCAUUAAUGUAUAAAUUGAGAACUUACUAAAAAAAACUUAAAAUAUAUUGAAAGGUUAGAGCAUUUUACUUAAAAAACGAUAACGUUGAUGAAAUGAAAAUAAAAGUUUAAGAUAAUCGCACUCAGUGCGGGUAAAUUGAACACUAGCUACAUGGAAGCUUUUAAAAUAGAAAUUUCACUGCAACAACUCCCUAACAUCAAUCGUUAUAUCAAGAAAGCAAACUGUGCAAAAUUUCUUCUCUACUCUAAUAGGCACUCUGGCAGCACUUUCAAAAUCUUGAAAUUUUAUUGAAGUGACGAUCAAUCCAAGGAAUAACUUUCUAGAAUACAACAACUAGUUUCGGACUUUAAAAAAGUUACAGACAUUUUUGUUUCUUAUUUAC